AAAUAAUUAAUUAUUGAGAAGGGAUGUCCAUGGGCUUUGGGUAUUCAGGGCCGAAGAAAGCGGAGUUAGGAUGAAGACGUCGAUGUCCCUGACGGCGGCGCGUGGGCGCGUGGUGCCGUCAUCGGAUAAACAGAUGCCGGAAGCGGAGGCAGGAACGCUGGAAUCGAGUCUCCUUCAGCUGAUCGAGGAUCACCAGCGAUCGUCUCUCCGGCUCCGGGAGCAGACCGAGAAGGCGAGGAAGGACGCGAUAAGGAACGCGGCGAAGGCGGCGGAUCUGCUGGUGGAAGCGGUAAACGGAGGAGUGGAGGAGUGCUUCGUGAACGAGAAGAGGAUAGAGGCGGAGAUACGGAAUCUGGCGGUGACGAUAGCGCGAUUCGGGAAGCAGACCGAUCAAUGGUUGGCCGCCACUCACGCCAUUAACACCGCCAUUAAGGAAAUAGGGGAUUUCGAGAAUUGGAUGAAGACGAUGGAGUACGAUUGCAAGAAAAUCGCUUCAGCGAUCCGAAACAUUCAUCAAGAUCACUGAGUGAGAGACUUCAUUCAAUUCGUAUAGUGAUUGUACAAAGGAGCACAUAUCGGGAAUUUGCCUUAUUAUUCUAAACUCGAAAUCCUUCGAUUCAAUAUUCAACACCCACAUUCUAACU